AUGGCUGGAAUUACAGAUACCCAGACACAAAGACAACUUGCAGGCAUAGGGAUGAGUGGAGAAACGAUUGGUGGACACAAACGGUUGCCUGAUUUUGUCAAGGGAGCCUCUACUGCCGACAAGUAUCAAGACAAAGUCGACAAAAUCAUCAUGGAUCUUGCAAAUCAGUCAAUGCUCAACGCGCGUAAUUUGCUCAUUUCGGAAAGAAAAAAUGCCAGUGAGAAGACAGUAUCUGUCGCUGUAGAUGGCACAUACAAUGAUUCAGGCAUCAAGAAAAACAGUGCUCAAGGAUGUCUGGUAAGCUGCGCAGCAAAAGUCGAUGGAAAAUACAAGAUCAUUGGAUCAAAAGUUGUCAAGAAGCGACAAGAAAUCUCAGACGAACACCUGAAAAAGUACCAGCGAGGAACUGUCGCACCGACUGGCACAGCUUCUUCUGCACUUGAAAAAAUCGGCACAAGACAUGUUUUUGAAGAAACACUCCUCCCGAUCCACAAAGCUCUCCCAGAUCAUGUCAUCCAAGUCGCAUGCGACGCCGACGCCAAAAUCCGAGACCCAUCAAAUACAAAUGUCUACAUCGAUGCUGAGAAAUGCCGUCAAUUGAUGAUUCCAUUGAUCAAUCUUGCAUUUCACUCGGAUGUUGCUCACAUCAUAAAGAAUAUAUAUGGAACAUUUUUGCGAAACUUCAAGACAGGUUCCGGUGCCGACAAAUUUACAAAGAAGCAGUUUCUCCAGUUUCACAUGCGAGUCAAAUUUGCUAUCAUGGAAAUCAUCACGAACCGAGCAUCUGGUGAGUGGUCACAUGAGGAUGCCAUGAAUAAAAUGGAGAAAACCCUGCGACACGCCUACAGCGACCACACGAUGUGCGAUGAAAACUGCCCACGAGGACCUGGCAUCUUUCAACCUUUUGGAAAUUUGACACAAGAAAUCAUCGAAGAGCGCUUACGAAAAUUUAUCAGCACACAUUUUGGCGAAAAUUACAUCAGAGAGUGUGGUCAAACUGGAACAACAAGCCCAGUUGAAUAUCUACAUGCUGAAAUGAUCCGUCGACGAUUAUGGGUCAAGGGAACCUAUGCUUCUCCUCUAAAUUAUCGAUAUGAAGUCGCGGGAGCGACGGCAAUCCUGAUCUACAAUGAAGGUGAAGUGAAUGCGAUUCGUCAAAUUCAUAAGAAACUACAGUACAAAGUUUCAAAUGUUGGACUCGAUCGUCUUCAGCGACUUGAUGAAGAAAGCAAAAAGAAAUGUGAUGUAAAAAUGAAGAAAAAAGCGGAAAUUCAAAACAAAAGGCGACAAACACAGAAACAAUUUGCUGACCUUGGUACCUAUGCUUCUCAGGUUCAGCGUGACAUCGACAAUGCUCGCCAGGCCCAUAUUCAAUCUUUGGAGGCGAAAGAUCUUGAUGAUGCUGAUGAAAUACCAACUUUCGAAGAGCUACUUCAAUUUGAGGAAGAAAAUUCAGCUUCGGAUUUCAUAGAUGAUGAGGAGGAAGUCGAAGGUUAA